AUGCUGAGCCAGGACAGCUUAAGGCAGUCGGGAGUGCCAUUUGCCCGCGCCGUCUACAAGAAGGCAGAGCGAGAAGCUUAUGCCCAGGCCAAGGAGAAGGCAACUAGCUCGGCCAUCAACUUGGCAACCAAGGCAGCGAAAGAUCGGAUCGACUCCGACAUCGAGGCUCAGGUGGCGAAGUACACCGAGGAGCACCGAUCGAAGCUUGAGAAGAUCGCGCUGGAAGACGCCAUGAACAGCACUGUGGGAGUCAAGAAGAUGCUGCAGGAGGCCGCAGUGAAGGAAGCCAUGGCGCAGGCAGUGGACAAGGUCAAGGCCCGAGCACCUUUGGUGGCGCAGAUGAAAGCCGACGCGGAGGUCAAGAAAGCAGCCGAGGAUGAGGCCACCAAGGAGGCUACCAAAAUUGCGCAGAAGGAAGCCCGGGACGGUCUCAAGCGCAAGGCAAUGGUCAAAGCCAGGGAAGAAGCACAGGAGAAGGCCAACGAGAAAGCCAAGGCGAACGCUUUCCAGGAGGCCAAGAAAGCAGCAGAGGAUGCGGCCAAGGAGAAGGCCGUGAAGGAGGCCCGUGAGGCUGCGGAAGAGGAGGCGGAACAGAGAGCCAAGGCAGCGGCCGAAGAUGCAGCCACCAAACGAGCGGUGGCCAAAGCCUCCCGCAUCGCUGCCGAGGGCGCCGAUGGGGCCUCCGAGGACAAGCACAAGGAAAGCGAGGAAAAGCCUUCGGAAUCCAAAGCUGAUGCGAAGCCCGAGAAAUCAGGAGUCAAAGAGGACAAGGACGCCGGAGAGACCGAGGCUGAUCACUGA